GGGGCGUGGACAGGGGCCACGGGCCGCGGCGGCCUCGUGGGUUGGGCGGCGGGGCGUCCGGGGUGUGGCCGUCGCAGGGCCCUCCCCCCGUGCGGCUCCCGGCCCCACCGCCCCCUCCACGUCGCGCCUCCCGCCCCGCAGCGCAGCCAGCUUCCCGGCCAUGGCCCACCAGGAGCGCACGUUCAUCGCCGUCAAGCCGGACGGCGUGCAGCGCGGCCUGGUGGGCGAGAUCAUCAAGCGCUUCGAGCAGAAGGGCUUCCGCCUCGUGGCCAUGAAGUUCCUGCAGGCCUCGGAGGAACUCCUGAAGCAGCACUACAUUGACCUGAAGGACCGCCCGUUCUUCCCUGGGCUGGUGAAGUACAUGAAUUCCGGGCCGGUUGUGGCCAUGGUCUGGGAGGGACUGAACGUGGUAAAGACGGGGCGAGUGAUGCUUGGGGAGACCAACCCAGCAGAUUCUAAGCCAGGCACCAUCCGUGGGGACUUCUGCAUUCAAGUUGGCAGGAACAUCAUUCAUGGCAGUGAUUCAGUAAAAAGUGCAGAGAAAGAAAUCAGCCUGUGGUUUAAGCCUGAAGAAUUGGUUGACUACAAGCCUUGUGCUUUUGACUGGAUCUACGAAUAAAAGGUGGACGACGGAGCGUCAGUCCCCUUCGGCACCCCCUGAUGCGUCCCCGGACACUGCUCUGCAUUCCACUGACUUGGAAGCCAGAGAAUCAAUCUUUCUUUUCUAAAACUUACUAAUAAAGCCCUUGGAAACUGG